AUGAUCAUGGCACCACUUGGAGAAUCUUUGUUGUCAAAUUCAUUCUCAAAAAACAAUAACAACUCAUCAAACAAACCACCAAAACUCUCAAAUUCCGACCACCUUCAAAGAACGGUCUCGGAUAUUUCCUUCGAGCUGACGAAAGAAAUUGAUAAUUUAAAACUACCUUCGAUAUCCGAAGUCGAAGAUGCAAAGUGCGAGUGUUGUGGCAUGUCCGAGGAGUGCACACCGGAGUACAUAGACCGCGUUCGUGGCAAAUUCAAAGGUAAAUUCGUGUGCGGACUAUGUUCCGAGGCAGUGAAAGAAGAGUUGGAGAAAAAUGGUGGGAAAAAACUAGAAGAAGCUUUAAGUACACAUAUGAAUGCAUGUGUUAAGUUUAACAAAUAUGGAAGGGCUUUUCCGGUUUUGUUUCAAGCUCAAGCUAUGAAGGAAAUGCUGAAAAAGAGUAACUUAGAUGGGAAAAUUAGGGCAAAGUCUAUUAGUCCAAGGGACAAGAAAGGAGGAGGAGGACUUACACGUAGUUCAAGUUGCAUUCCAGCACUUACAAGAGAUAUCAAAAAUAUCAAAAUUUAA